CAGAAGGUGACCGAAGGAACGAGCACCAGCAUUCUCUUCCCCAACAAAGAUGGUUCCUUCAAACAGACAUCCAGGCUAGACUUAAUCCCAAAGAAGCGAGACGUCUACAGCUGCACCGUGGAACAUGUGGGCCUGACCCAACCAAUGUCCAAAUUCGAUGCUCCACCACUGAAUGCUGGCGAGAGGCAGUUUGCGCCACCUACGUCUCCUCUGCAUCGUGACUGUACAACAAUUAUCCUGUGAUGCAGCGUGAAACAGCAAGCGCCGUACGAAACACUCAGACUUAAACACUUAGUGUUUAACUUUACAAAUCCUUCUCUGCUGUGCAGCUUCACUACUUUCAAGAAACACUGUUUGUUCUCAGUAAUUAAUUUAAACUGUACUCUCUACACACACACACACACACACACACAUGCAAAACAAACCAAAGAAAUAUAUUUUCAAACUGAAGUGUUUAUGCUUUCGGUCUGUGUAGCUGCUGAUACUUAACACAUGAGUGUUGUCUGAAGAAGAGGACUCUGUUGCCAUGGUAAUCCCUGCAUGAAUGGAUGCUCGUAGCCUCGUUUUUCUCUUGUUAUUAUUUUUCUUUAUAAUUUCCCCAAGUCUUAAAAUGACACACAAGGACACAGUUACUAUCAUGUUUUAGCAAAUAAACUGUCUCUAAUUUUAUGGCAGUUUGGUUUUAAUGGCGAGCUAAAGAAAAUCAACCAAAACUCCAGAAAGUAACAAAGUGUUGACUUGUUUGUGAGCAAACCUGCAGACUGAGCAGGUCUAAUGAUGAUGUCCCUCUGUGUAAGUCAUCGUCUGUUCUUUACUGUAGAAAAGCCUUUUUAAAAGCUGCCUUCGGCUCGUGUGCAGCCUGACACAGUGUUAUCUCUGGGAUUUCCUCAGGUCUGCAGAAAGUGUCCUUAAAGUUGAAUAUUGUGACAAAGUGAAUGUAACAGUGAGACUGAGCUGCUCCGUCUGUUUCUGCUGACUUCAGCUCCUUAAACAUCCUGAUUUAUCAGCACUGCAGGGACACGAAUGUCACUGUAACAGAGACGCACACAGAGCAGGAAUGUGACUGAAUAUGGAGUCACUAACAGGAAAAACACCUUCAGCCUCAAACAUGCAGUCAGCUGCUGCACUGGCCUAAUGACAGACAUGAGCUGAGCUCAGGGAGCAGCAGAGGGUGGAGGCUCAUUUCAUACGUCUUUAAACUCAGCAGUGUGAAGUCCAGAGAGACUGACAUGUGACAGAGAAAAGCAUCAGUGCUGUCGGUUCCAGCCUCACUUUAUAGUUUGUUUUUAUUUCUCUGGAUGAUGCAGGGAGCCUGGCUCAGCAGCUGCUGUCAUGUUGUAACCAUGUUCCUGUGACUGUACUGUGAUAACUCUGUGACUAUGUGAUGGACUUACUGUUGAUGGUGUCCUGUAUUAAAGUGUUACU